AUGGCAGGGGCUACUUCAUCGAAACCAGCAAGCCUUGCUAGUAAAUGGUACGAGGGGAAUAACUCAACACAAAGCGCGGAAGACAUCGCAAAUGAAGCUUUCAUAAAAGCCACAAAGCUUUUCGACGAGAAGUUCAGCGAUGGCAAGAAUAAAAAAUGGCAGAGCAAAGCGCACUCCAUGGAAGACGUCCUCAAAACCGUGAAUGCUGGAAAACGCAAGUAUGAUAUGCGAACAAAACACAUGGACGCCCGAAGAUGGCUCCGCAAAUUAUCCCGAGGCAUCUUGUACUAUGCAUCGAUUCUUGAUGUCAUCGCACAGCAUCAUCCGGAGUAUGUCUCGUUGGCUUGGGGAGCUAUGAAGUUCACUUUGGUAGGCAUCAUAAACCACGAGCACCUGGUAGUCGAGCUGUCAAAAGCCCUAUGCACCGUCGCGGAUGUUUUGCCAAAUGCAGAAUUGAAGAAUUUACUCUAUCCAACAGAGCAAAUGAAGCAUGCAGUCGCCGUGCUCUAUACGCAGAUUUUGGAAUUGCUUGAGCGUGCAGCUCAAUGGUAUAAGGCCGGGAAAAUCCGACACUUCAUCGGGUCCAUCACCAAACCGUGGGUAUUGCAGUUUAGUGACAUUGUCGAAGAGAUAUCAAUCGCCGCGAGGAGGGUUGACCAGCUCGCCAUCAGCGCGAGCAUGGCUGAGCAGCGUGAUAUGAACCUACAACAACAAGAAAUGCGCUUAGAACAGAAGCUGACGUAUGAAGCGGUUUUGGAAGUGAAGAGAAUCACAAAGGAAUAUCAGAAACUGAACAUGGCGGGUGCUCUUGAUACAAACAGGAGAGUUUGUGAAAUCCAAUUCUCUCAAAUCAUGACGUUUAUGGAGGUGACAUCCAUGCCCACUCCCCACGAUGCACGAACACGCCUACAAGCAACGCGCAAGAUACGAAGACGAGUGAAAAGGUUGACCACGUUGAGACAGCCGAUUUGGAGCUCUCCAGCUUUGCAAGAUUGGGCUGACGCCAAAGAGUCUGCAGUAAUAAAUAUCUGUGGCUCGUAUGCAACUAAAACACCAGCAAGAGACUUUGCAAUUGACGCAAUUGAUUUCAUCGAAGAGUCCCAAGUGCCCAUGAUAUGGGCACUCAAUGUCGAUGGCCAGCAAGAUGCCACCGUGUCUUUAACAGAAGUAUUGAAGCAUCUGAUACUUCAGGUGUUGCGAAUAAACCAUACAAUGUUGACCGAGAAGUCCCUGGCUCUGAAUGCCGCACAAUUUCAAAGUGCUACAACCCUGGCCGAUUGGAUCAAGAUCUUCGCUGCCGUCCUCCGCGGCAUUCCUCAUGCAUAUAUUGUUAUCGAUGCCGAGGUUACCAGAGAUCAGUAUGAAGCACAAUGGCCGCAAGUAUUUGAACUAUUGUUUGAUGAACUCAAGAAGCAGAGGAUUGAGUCGGUGGUGAAGUGUGCUGUUGUGUGGUACAUACAACAGCCGUAUGAGCCAGGGACAAGGAGUAUUAAGCUGUAUUCCGCGGCGCCUUCUGCAAAACGGAUGCCCACGGGGAGGAGUAGAGGUGGCCCACAGCAUAGAAAGUUGAAUCUGCGGCCUCAGACGAAAGCUAGAAGAUGA